ACAACAAAACUGAGAGGCCAUCCCACAAUGAGGGCUGGAACUUAAAAGCAUUCAUAGCUUUGGUUUUACCAUUAAGGGCCAUGAUUCCAGCAGGUUUCCAAUAGGAAGGAGACAAAAUAAGAAACUCAAGAAACUGUUUGGACAAGAAUAAAGGAAACACCCUGGACGCCUGAAAUCACAAAGGGAAAACAAGUUCCCAAGUUUUGUACAUUUUAUAGCUUAGUAAAGCGGAAUAAAUAUUGGUUCAGGGAGGGAAAAGGUCAAAGGCGGGUGAGGGGCAGGUUUGUCAUUGGCCUAGAGAGUCACUGGACAACCACUGUCAUAUCCUCCCCCUCACCUGCCAGAAAGAAAUAAUGUUGCUUCAUAGGACGGAUGUGGAAGGAAAGAGGGGAGACCCUCAGCCCUCGCUGGACCAGUCAAUUUUCAAAAGCUGCACAGGAAGAGAAGAAACAGGAAGCAUCAUGGGACAGAAAUAUAAUGAUGAAAUUGACGCGCCGAGUCAGAAUGAGAUCAGGCAACACCAGGAAUGUGGAGAUGGCCACCUCGUCAUGGGAGAAGAAGCUGCAGACAGAACCAUUUCUGGUCCAGAACCGACAGGGGAAUUCCUUUGGAUACAACCAAUGGAUGGAAACCAGCAAAGUGAUUAUUCCAACAGUUUGUACAAAGAAGGGAGAGAUACCAGUAGGGAUGUGUGUACCUUGGCAUCUCCCAAAGAGGGAGUCACUGUGAACAACAGAUGUGGCCCAGAGGCAAGAGGAUCCGAGCUUCCAAUCGUCCAUGAAGUGGCUGCAGAAGAGUGUGGAAACUCUAAACAAGGGUCCUCAAAUCUAUCCAUGUCAAGGAUUGUUGGAGAUGAUGAAGAUGUGGAGGAACUUGGCACCGGGAUGAUUCAAAGAAAGGUGGAUGAAGACCACGACUUGCCUUCUCCUAAACGUAAGGACCGAGGAGGCACAUGGUCACUUCCCACCAGGAAGAAUCCAGACCAUCAAGAUGCCUACAGGAAUAAUUCACAGCAGGAAGAGGAGGAGGAGGAGAUCUGCAGGCCAAGCAGCGGUCGUCCCAGCAAUGAUGACGACUACGGCUAUAUCGAGGAGUUCCUUGGUGAGGGAGCGCUGGUGAACAUAGACUCUGCACAGACCUUUGUGGACCUGGAGAGUGGGGCUGUAAGGACGAGUGUGGAAGUUUCCGCAGAAGACGACGGAGUGGCGGUCAAGCACGAGGUGGAGUGGGUCACACGGUUUGUGAGGUCCCAGAAGUAUUAGGGACUCUCCCUUGGAAAUGGCGGGCUUCUUUCAGCAGACCCCACAGACUUUUUGCAGUCAGGCUGGGAAAGGUGAAAUAAAAAAAUAAGGGAAUG